UCGCCCGCCGAUGACGUCGGCGGUGACGUCGGAGGGGACGAUGCUGGGCCGCCUGCUGCGGGUCGCGCGCCGCCGCGCCGCCCGGCCGCCCGGCCCCGCACUGCGCACGCGCCGGGGAGGAAAGACGCCCGGCUGGGAUGAGACGGUGGCGGACUUCAAGAGCAAGCUGCGGGCGCUCGUGCCCGGGGAGUCCUGGCAGCACCUGUACAACACGGACCACCUGCCCCCCAAGCACGCGGACGUGGUCGUCGUGGGGGGCGGGGUGAUCGGCUGGUCCGUCGCCUACUGGCUGAAGCGGAUGGAGAGCCGGCGGGACGGCGUCCGGGUGUUGGUGGUGGAGCGGGACCCCACGUACACUCGAGCCUCCUCCGUGCUGUCGGUGGGUGGGAUUCGCCAGCAGUUCUCGCUGCCUCAGAACAUCCAGAUGUCGCUCUUCUCCAUCAACUUCCUGCAUAACAUCAACGAGUACCUGCACCUUCCCGGGGAGCUGCCCGUCGACCUCCAGUUCAACCCGUCGGGUUACCUCCUGCUGGCCUCCGAGGAGAGCGCCACCCUCAUGGAGCACAACGUGCACGUGCAGAGGAAAGAAGGAGCCCGAGUGAGCCUGCUGUCCCCGCAGCAGCUAAAGAAGAAGUUUCCCUGGCUGAACACCGAAGGGGUGGCCCUGGCAUCCUACGGACUGGAGAACGAAGGCUGGUUUGACCCGUGGAGCCUGCUGCAGGGGCUGCGUCGCCAGGCCUUGGCCAUGGGAGUUUUCCACUGCCACGGAGAGGUCACGGAAAUGGUCAGCUCUUCCCACACCAUGAUCGACUCCAGCGGCGAACCCGUCACCUUCAAGAGGAUUUACAACGUCCACGUGAAGAAGGACAACAGCCUAGAGUACCAGCCGGUGGAGUGCGCUCUGGUCAUCAACGCCGCCGGCGCCUGGUCUGGCCAAGUGGCAGAGCUGGCCGGCAUCGGGCGGGGCCCACCGGGCACCCUGCAGGGCACCAAGCUGCCCGUGGAGCCCAGGAAAAGAUACGUCUACGUGUGGCAGAGCCCCCAGGGCCCUGGCUUGGAGACCCCGCUCGUCGCCGACACCAGCGGCGCCUACUUCCGCCGUGAGGGGCUGGGCAAUAUCUACCUGGGGGGCUGCAGCCCCUGCCAGGAGGAAGAGCCGGACGUCGGGGACUUGGAGGUGGAUCACGACUUCUUCCAGAACAAGGUGUGGCCUCACCUGGCCAAGAGGGUCCCGGCUUUCGAGUCCCUGAAGGUGAAGAGCGCGUGGGCCGGCUACUACGACUACAACACCUACGACCAGAAUGGCGUGGUGGGCUACCACCCUCUGGUCUCCAACAUGAUCUUCGCCACCGGCUUCAGCGGGCACGGGCUCCAGCAGGCCCCCGCCGUGGGCCGGGCCGUGGCCGAGCUGGUGCUGAAGGGGGAGUUCGUCUCCAUCGAUCUGAGCCCCUUCUCCUUCCAGCGCUUCUUCCUGCAGGAGCCCGUCUUAGAGCAGAACAUCAUCUGAGCUGCCCCGCGGGCCCCGGCUCCAGCCGGACCCCCCCGGGCUCCCCCUGCGGGUCCCUUCCUUCCGUCGGGUCUUUUCCUCGGGGCCCGGCGGAGGCCGCGGCCCCCGACGCGGUGGGACGGAAAGACGAGCGCUCCGGGGCGGCCCCGUGUCCGCCCCGACCCUUCGCCCGACCCGCGCGGGACGGAGCCUCUCCACUGCCGGCCGGCGGGGCGGAGUCCGGGGCGAGGGCCCCGUGCUCGGUGUUUUCUGGUCUCCUCCCGGCUCCACCCCGGCCCUCUGCUGCCGCCGCCGGGGAGAGGGGGCCGCCCCUCAACCGCAGCCCGGGCCCCCCGGGCCGCAAGAACCGGACUUCGCGGAACGAGUCGACGGGAUGCUCGCCAGUGCCGGCCGCCGGCCGAGGGCCCGCGACUCGCGGCCGGGCCCGACCGCUCGUCCGGUCACCCUUCGACGUGCGGUCGCUCAAUAAAGCCGGUUCACCCGC